AUGAAGACCGCUGGAGUGAGACUGCCCGACGGUCAUGGGCAUGUGUACAAGGAAGUGCGAUUUUCUCCCACAGCAACCCCUCUCCGCCGAGCGCAAUCCGUCUCGACGAGUACCCCAUCGAUGAUCUCCAAAUUCCGCCCGGCGCGCACGGCGCAUCGGCGUGGAGAUGUCAACUUGGGCCUCGAUAUAUCCUACAUCGACCAAUCCCGAGAGCUGCUCGAGACUCAACGGGCGCAUUCAGACAGUGAACGCGCGCUCUUCACCCUCGAGCGACAACUCUGGGCCAAAGAACGAGCACUCUUGCGGGCCAAGAUCUCCGAACUCGAAUCAAUGCUGCGAUGCGAACGAUCGGCCUCCACCUACUCGACCACCCAUCCCUUCAAACCCGCAUUCUCUUCGCCGCAAUACCCAGAGAUUCAUGAUCACGUCCCGUCGGCACAGGUGUGGGAGGGCUCUAGCCCCAGCCAUCGGCCCACGAGAGUGUUCUUGGAUGAAGAGCCCUUGGUCAAUCCUCACCUGUCACCACUCAGUACGGGACAUAGCAGCGAGCCUCCUUCGUUAGACGCGGCGCUUUCACCUCGAGCCCGGGCGGUCGAUGCACCCAUGCCGAACGUCAGUAUCCCGGUCCCCAUUGAAAAAGUCGACAGCAAGCUGGAUGGAAUCACGUUAAAGUCGACCGCACUUCCUCCCAAUGUGGUCGCACGGGUGAUCACACCACCCUCCCCUUCCCCCUUGGAGGCGCCCAGCCCCGCUCCAGCCACCAGCUCGACACGGCCGGUAAGACCUGGGAUGGAACAUCGGAAUAGUCUCAAGUUGAGACUCUCAGACCUCGGGCCUCCAAAUGAAAAUCGGGUCAGAGACGCGGGCCAUACCCCCAUGGCGGUGAUUGAUGUGGACGUCAGCCUUGGCACUACGGAGAAUGCGUCCCCCACGGAAGGUCUGCCUAGCGAGGUCCCAGAAUUAGAGGAGGAGGAGGCUCCCCUCGCGCCCGCCGCCACAAAUGUUCAUCAACCUUCCGAACACGCGGAGUCCUAUUUCCCCGACGUGCCGGACGAUCCGGCCCUGCAAGGCCCUCUUGGCCUGAUCAAUGACGAGGAACAUGAUAGCAAAUUCUUGAGCGAGCUGGAUUCGCGCCUCUUGAGCCAGGCCAAGCGACUUCUGUCAAUAUCCACCAUCUCCGACGAUGGGCCCGAGCCGGACGACGGAGUAACGCCCGAUGGCGAACCAGAGCCGGAGAUUCGGUUCAAAAAGUCGACCAAUUUUGGCACUGCGUUUGGGAUAUCCAGCCUGGGAAAGGUUUAG